AAAGGAAAUACUCCGCGUGCGCUUCUGGACGGGAGGUCAUCUCUCUAGCCCGGAAUCCGGGAGAGUUCCAACGGGAGAGGAUUGGGUUCCAAUUUUUCCCGUGGUUUUAAUCCUCCCACCGAUUGCUUGGAAGUUGGACUGAAGCAGAGUUUGGAAAGAAGUAAAAAGUUUGCAUCGGGACUGGAUUUAUUUGCACAUCGCUGGAAGAAGAAAACCCAAGGGAGAGGGGUUGGUGCAAAGCCGCGAUCACGGAGUUCAGAUGUGUUCUAAGCCUGCUGGAGUGAACGCAGUGCCCAGACCUGAUGGAGGCCAGAGCUCAGAGUGGCACCGGGUCUCAGCCUUUGCUGCAGGCGCCCCAUGACAGUGGCAGGCAGCGUGGGGAGCCGGACCCCAGAGAUGCCCUUACCCAGCAGGUACACGUCCUGUCUCUGGAUCAGAUCAGAGCCAUCCGAAACACCAAUGAGUACACCGAGGGGCCUACUGUGAUCCCAAGACCCGGCCUCAAGCCUGCUCCGCGCCCCUCCACUCAGCACAAACAUGAAAGACUCCACGGUCUGCCCGAGCACCGCCAGCCUCCCAGGCUCCAGCCCACGCAGGUCCAUUCUUCACGGGCCCCUCUGUCCAGGUCCAUCAGCACCGUCAGCUCAGGGUCUCGGAGCAGUACAAGGACAAGUACCAGCAGCAGCUCCUCGGAACAGAGGCUGUUGGGGUCAUCCUUCUCCCCCGGGCCUGCUGUGGAUGGCAUAAUCCGAGUGCAGCCUAAAUCUGAGCUCAAACCCGGUGAACUGAAACCGCCGAGCAAGGACGAUUUGGGUCUGCAUGCCUACAGGUGUGAGGACUGUGGCAAGUGUAAGUGUAAGGAGUGCACGUACCCGAGGCCCCUGCCAUCGGACUGGAUCUGUGACAAGCAAUGCCUUUGCUCAGUCCAGAACGUCAUUGACUAUGGGACUUGUGUGUGCUGUGUGAAAGGUCUCUUCUAUCACUGCUCCAAUGACGACGAGGACAAUUGUGCUGACAACCCGUGUUCCUGCAGCCAGUCUCAUUGUUGUACGCGAUGGUCAGCGAUGGGGGUCAUGUCUCUCUUUCUGCCUUGUUUAUGGUGUUACCUUCCAGCCAAGGGUUGCCUUAAAUUGUGCCAGGGGUGUUAUGACCGAGUGAACAGGCCUGGCUGUCGUUGUAAAAACUCAAAUACGGUUUGCUGCAAAGUUCCCACUGUCCCCCCCAGGAACUUUGAAAAGCCAACAUAGCAUUAUUAAUCAGGAAGAUUGCAGUAAUAAGGAUUGUUGCUCUGCCCCUCCCCCCUUUUUAACACACAUAUGCAACCAA